GCUGUGAAAAAUCGAUAUCUCCGAGGGAAAGGAAAAAUGAAAAUAAAACCAUACUGUCAUCCUUAAACAAACGUUUCCAAACAGCUUUCUCGCGAGGCACGCAAACGGAGGCGAACCGAGUGGAUUUCGAGCUGGCAAAAGCGGGACCCCGGACACCCAGGCACAGCACACGUUACAAUGUUAAAGUCCGAGUUUCAGCACCAAUUUUGGGUGACAAAAAAGGCUGUACAAAGGAAGUUAGGCACCAAAGAGGAUGAAAACAUUGUCGCUUCCGAUGGGGAGCUGGAUUCGAAGAUAGAGCUCUUCCGGUCGGUGGCCGACAGCUGCAGCAAGCUGUACCGCAUUAUCGACCAGUACCAGGAGCGGGUGUGCAUACUGGCGCAGGAGGAGAACUCGCUCGGCAAGUUUUUGCGCGAGGUAAGCAAGGAAAGCCCCACCACCGGCAAGAUGAUGUCCACCACCGGGAAGGCGAUCUCGUACUGUGGCCAGCAGCGGAUCGCGAUACGAGUGCCGCUGUUGCGCCUCCACCACGACGUGCACACGUUCAAGGGGCGUGCGAUUGCGGACACGCACCACACGAUACAGCAGAUGGAGCGGGAGCGUACCGAGUAUCGGGCGGCGCUCAGCUGGAUGAAGUCUGUCAGCGCUCAGCUCGAUCCCGACACCGGCCGGGGGUUGGAAAAGUUCCGCAAAGCGCAGCGCCACGUGAAGUCGGCCAAGACCAAGUUCGACAAGUAUACGCUGGACUGUUUGGAGAAGAUUGACCUGUUGGCCGCCGCCCGGUGCAAUAUGUUCUCGCACGCCCUCGUCGGAUACCAGAAUGCCAUCCUGCAGUUCGCCAAGAAGACGGACGAAACGUACAAGAACACGCUGAAGAGUUUGGCGAAAGACCCACACUAUAGCUUCUCCAUACUGAAGGAAUUGACGCAGGCCAACCCGAACGAGGAAGAGAAAGAGGGCGCUCCAGGGGAGCCGCUCGAGUGCCGUUCCGACGACCACAAGCCCGCCGAUGACGAUCAGAUGCUUUUCUUCAAGGACGACUAUAAGGACGAUGUGGGGAGCUUGAAGGGCAUUAUGGAGCCACCAACUGGCAAAGAAAACGUCCUGCAAGACGUAACACUCGAAAUCGACGCCCUUCUGUCGGGCGUCCCCGAUCUUAGUCCGAGCGGCUCCGCUGCUACUAAACCAGCGCAGGACGCUGCCGGGGCGGAUCUGCUCGGCCUAAGCUUGGAUGAUGAGUUUUCGGACUUUAUGUCGGCACCGGCACCGUUUUUGCCUUCAGCGCUGCUAACGAACUGCAUACUUACCGACGAUGGUGCGUUCGACUUUUCCGCCAGUCUGCCGCCGGACCACGGUGAUCCACUGCAGGCACUGCAGGCUAGCGAUGCUGAGCAGCCGACAGCGAACAGUGCCAGCAGCAAAUCGUCCGAAAAGGCAACGGAUAUCUUUAGCAGCUUGUUGCAAUCGUUCUCGAAGCAAGGUAGCACCACCACGGCAGGGAAUAGUUCCGAUGCUAGUGCCGGUACCGCGAAACAGGGUAAGCCGACUAGUGGCAGCAGCAGCAGCAAGACGACCGGCAAAGAUCUCAGCGGAUGGUAUCAGCUGUUUGCCGAACUGGAUCCACUCUCCAAUCCGGAUGCGAUCCCGUCGAAAACGGAUGCACCAAACAACAGCAUGGCUGCUUGAGAGCCAGGCUUGGUGCGAAUUAAUUUCCACGCGCUUAAUUUCACUACUCGAAGUCUAUCCGGUCACUAUCCGGUAUUUGUUUUUGAAGUUGUUUUGCUUUCGUGUCGUUAUCGUGAUGGGAGUGUGUGUACCCCUUCCGUUCGGUGUUUUCGGUCGUGCAUUUUUUUGGAUUACUACUACCACUGUGUACUUUGUACUCUGAAGGAUAAAUAAAAAAAAGCCACAUCCAAGUGUCUACUUACAUACAAAAAA